AGAAAUAUUUUUCAGAUUCUUAAACAUUUCUAAUUAAUGGUCUGUAAGCAAGAUUGCCAUGAUGGAAGAAAUGGAUGACCUAGAUGUAGAAAGCGUCUCCUCUGAUUACAGCAUCUUACCCGAAGCUCAUGAGAUGGAUGGAGUUGCCCAGCCAUACUUGGCUACAAGACCUGAUGCAAACAGCAGUAUCAGCAGCCAUACCCAGGUUGAGUUUGUAAACAUGUGUAGCAGUUAUCCCAGCUCGCAAGAUCUGGUUCUGUGUUACACAUUCACAGCAGAGCAUGUGCCUUCUGUCACUGAUAGACUUGCUCUCUACAAAGUGGGCUUUACCACUCCACAAGACUACCUGGUAUACGAGUGGGCACCCAUGCAGCCUCAAGCAGCUCCUUCAUCUGAUGCUGCCGAUGGCAGAAUCUUCUGUGUUACCUUCUCAAAGUCAGGCCUGCCUGGAGACGCCAACGAGUUCUACCAAGUGUGCUACCUGAGCGAGGACCGUCUCAUCAGGGGCGUGUCAGCACCGUUCCAGCUCGUCCAGGACGGCAGCGCUCAGUCCAGCCUGUCCAGUGGAGCCGUCUCCAGCAUCGAGCAACCAGACGGCACUGUACUGGUCACCACUGACGUGUCGUGUCUGCACACCAACAUCAACAUGUUGCAAGCGUGCGUGCAGCGUGUGCAAGCUGAGAAAGUUGCUGUUGAAGAACAACUGGCAGCCGUUCAGCUGCAGCUGCAGGGCAAGACUGAGCAGCUGCGCGACCUGCAGCUCAAGAUACAGGAUCUGUCAGUUGCGGCUGACAAGCAGCAGCAGGCGUCAGCUGCUGCUCUGCUGGAGGCAGAAAGUCGCCUGUCUAGCCUACAGCAGGAGCGUAAUGCUCUGCAGGAAUCACUGCAGGCUGCGCAGGAUGAGGUCGACCGACUGCAGGAAGAGAUAAAGUUGCAAGUUCGCCACAACGAUGAUGUGCUGAAAACGCUCAGCCAGCGCGAGGAAAACUUGGCGGAGAAAACUGCUCAGUUACACGAGAAGCAGGAGCAGCUCGCUACCGCCAUGAAUCAGCUGCAAGCUCUCGAGGCCAAACAGGAGGCAAACGAGGAGCUGCGGCAGCAGAUGGAGGAGCAGCAGGAGCAGAAGUUGCUGCUCGAGAAGACCCGCGAUGAACUGCAGCAAACCAAGCAAGAACUGGAAGAAGAGCAGUCGAAAUUGGUCUCUGUUCAGACGUCACUGGACGCUUGUCGUGAAGAGCUGCGCGUGGCCACAGAGCGCCAGAAGGUCCUGAACGCCGACAACAAAGUCCUGCAGGACAGCGUGCGCUCCCACCUGCGCUACUCGGCGCAACUAAAGCUCAAGCUGCGUGAGGCGGAGGGCGCGUGUGCUGGAGCAGAGCGUGUCGCCCGCCAGCUAAGUGAGCAAUUUUUUAUACUGUAUCUAUCAUGUAGAGUAUAA